UCCAGCUACAUAUCUUCCAAAAUACCUCUCAUAUUAUAUCAUUUAGUAAUUCCUAAUUUUGACAAACCUAAUAGUUAAUAGUAACCACCACACACAAGCAUCCGCAUAACAAUGUUUUAUUUUAUUUCAGAAGUUCAAAUUCAUUUUUUUUUUUAUACUCAACAGUCAACACUCAAUUAAAAAAAUAAUUAAACUCAUCGGGACACUAAAUAUGACCUAAGGAUGAGUAGGUUAGUGGACAGUGGUUCCAGGCAAGUCCUUAUGAAAUCGCCCACCAGCUCCUUAAAUCUACGGACAGUGCUCAGUGGCCACAGAUUAUAAUAUUAAUAUUCCCCCUAUCCAUCAGCUGUGUGAUAUGAAUUCGUGCUUAUCGUCAUUCAAUUCCCGCGCAUUUCAAUGCAAACAAUACCUUUAAAAUGAAUAUGAAUAAUCAAUUAUUUUAAUGGUUUGUCCCAUGGCUUAAUAAUAAUAAUGUCCUUUCUGAUCUUCUCUCCGCGUCAGUCUAUUACAGUUUACUGUUGUACUAAGUAAUUUACAUUGCAUUUUACAGUUUACUAUUAUAUGUUUAUUAUUGUUAAAUCUUAAUUAUGAGUCGACCUAACACAAGUGGACCAAAAAUGUUUCGGUCCAAAAGCAGUGAUCGAACAGACGUUAAGAGUAAUAAUUUAUCUCAUAGAUCUAAAAGCAAUUUAAGUAAUGAACCUAGCUCUUUCUUAAACCGUAAUUCAAACGUAACUUUUAAUAGAAGCAUGCAAAAUUUAUCUACAUCUGGUAGUAGAGUGCGUGCGGACAAACCCACCAUGUUGCGCCUAGCAUAUGGUGGAUAUUUAUGUAGUUUGGUUGCCCGACACACAGCCCAAAAACAUGCAAAUAAAGUCUUACAAAAUAUCAACAAUCAAGAAAAAAUAUUCCAAGAAGAAAUUAUGUCUAUUGAAAAAAAUGUAUCUAUACUAAAUGAUGAUUUAAAAACAAAACAAAAGUUAAACGCAGAAAAAAAAAACUUAAACCGAAAAUAUGAAGUACUGAAAUUGAUUGAUAGUGCGAUUUCAAAUAAUAGUAUUGACGAAAGUAUUAUUUCAUUAUUUAAUACUGCAGUGCACAAAAUUGUAUUAAAGAAUUUUGAAAAAUUGAAUGAAUCUGAAUUAGGCAGUGUUAAAAUGUUGUUGAAUGAAAUUCUAAAUCCAUUGAAACUACAGGAUUAUUCAGAUAAAAUUUUAGUACGACAACAAAUAAAGGAAUUGUCAAUAAAAAUAGCGAGAUUAACAAAAGAAUUAGAUCAACAUAAAUUAAAGUGUGAAGAAUUAUUUGAGCAACAAGAAAUUGUGUAUAAUAAGAAUUUAUCAUUAAAUCUAUUAAAAUCUCAGUUUGGAGAAAAUCCUGAUCCGUCAUUAAGUCAAAAUUAUGAUAUUGAUACUGAUAAAUUAUUUCAAGAUUUAAAUUGGUAAUAUACAGUAAUAUAUCUAUUAAAACUUGUUUUAAAUUAUUAAAACAUUAAAAUAGUUAAUUAAUAUUAACUUUACCUUAAUUUCAAUUUUUUACCUGUUACACUUUAUAAAGAUAUUUAUUUUUUUAUAGUGUCACCGUAGCAAUAUUACUUUUACAGUAAGACUACAGGUUUUUUGUUUUUAUUUAGUUAUUGUUUGUAAAAAAAAAGUAUUAUGCUUCAAUUGUCAAAAUAAACUCUUAUCAUAAUUAUAAUUUGUUUAAUUUCUACAAGUGGCGACAAUGCAGGUCAUUGGAAAUACAAAUAGGUGUAUACAAAAUAAAUAUUGAUUGAAUAAGUAUGUUCAUUUUAUUGUUAUCUAUGUAAUUUGUAAGUGUUUAAAUGUCAUCGGGUUGUGGCAUAAGAAAUGUGUAGACCUUACUUUAGGUUAGCGUUAAAAUACUUAUUUUAAAAGUUAAUCUGAUAUAUGAACGUUAUAAAUUUCUAACUUCAUACAUUAAAUUCUAUUCUUUAAACUUGAAAAAUUAUAUUACCUAAUA